GAGGAGGGUGACAAUGGGACCCGGGAGGCUGAUGUGCGUGCUGGUCUUGGCGCUUGUGCUGGCUCUGGGGUCCCGGCCGCAGGAACAGCUACCCAGGGAGUCCCAGAACCUCAACUGGAACAGGUUUUCAGGGUUCUGGUACAUUCUGGCUGUCGCCUCUGAGGGCCACGGAUUCUUGCCGGGCAGAGACAGGAGGAAGCUGGGGGCGUCCGUGGUAAAGGUACACACCACAGGCCAGCUGAAGGUGGUCCUGGCCUUCAGCCGGUCACAGGGGUGCCGGUCACACACGUUAAUUCUGCGGAAAGAUAGGAAAAAGGCGACGUUCAGGAAUACUUGUGCGUAUGGCGGCCAGGGGCCCAGAGAGAAAGACCUGGGGGUGGGCGGGGUGGAGGGCUUCCACGUGCUGUCCACCGACUACAGCUAUGGCGUGGUCUACAUGCGCCUGGGCCGGGCUGGCCGGACCUCCAGGACCCUGCUGCUCUUCAGCAGACAAAACACGUCCAGCUUCCCGAGCAUGAGAAAAUUCAUAGACAUAUGUGAGAUUUUGGAGGUCGCCCACAGUGUGACUGUCCUCCCGAAAGAUGGUAACAGACACCACGGGUCCUUCUGUCUGGGUCAACCCCACGCCCGGCCCCUAUCCAUCCCGUAAAGCUGACUUGUGGGGCAUGGACAGAGGGAGGGGGACAGGGCCAUCUUUCCCAAGAUCUGCAGCUGGCUGGGAAGGUGCACCCUGGGUAGGGCCCACCCCCCCACC